AUGAGGCAAAAAAGAUGGUUGGAAUUUCAGAAGGACUACAAUUUUGGAUUAAAUUAUCAUCCAUGUAAAGCUAAUAUUGUGGAUGAUGCUUUGAGUCGAAAGUCUCUACAUAUGUCGGGGUUAAUGAUUAGAGAGUUGGAUCUCAUUGAGAAGUUUAGAGAUUUGAAUAUGAUUUGUGAAUUGACACCAGGAAGUGUGACACUGGGUAUAUUGAAGGUGAAUAAUGAAUUCCUUAAUAAAAUUAGGGAGAAUCAGAAGCUAGAUGUGAAGUUGAUAGAUUUAUUGUCUUCAGUGAACCCAAACGAAGAAAGUGACUUUAAAGUGGAUGAGCAUGAAGUGUUAAGGUUUCGAGGAUCUCAAGAGAAUGUUUUGGUGGCUAGGAAUGAAGCGAGAUGUGGCACAGUUUGUGUAUGCAUGUUUGACUUGCCAGAAGUCAAAGGUAGAGCACUAGAAACCUUCAAGGUAAUCGUGAAGUUACAUGGUGCCCCACCGAGUAUAGUUUUUGAUAGAGACCCACAAUUUACAUCCAAAGUUUGGGGAAGUUUGCAGGAAGCUUUGGGUACUAAGAUGAGGUUAAGUUUUGCUAAUCAUCCGCAGACUGACAGUCAGACAGAAAGAACUAUUCAGUCAAUAGAGGACUUGUUGAGGGCUUGUGUAAUCGAACAAGGAGGUAUUUGGGAUAGUCACCUUCAAUUGAUCGAGUUCACUAAUAAUAAUAAUUUUCAUUCAAGCAUUGGAAUGGCGCCAUUUGAAGCAUUGUACGGUCGGAGGUGCAGGACACCUAUGUGUUGGUAUGAAUCUGGUGAAAGUGUUGUACUUGAACUGGAAAUUGUUUAG